CAGCGGCGACGCCUGGAUCAUGAUUCUUUCCGGCAACUGAAAGAGAAACAAAAAUGGCUUCUUCUUCUCUCGAGAUUGUUAAAUUGUGUGGCUCUCCUGUUUCGUUUCCGCGCCAUAAAUCUCCCAUUAGAUUGGAAUGUAGAAAAAGGGUUCUAAGAUUAUCCGAUUCUAGGACUUGGCAUCGUCUUGGUACAUGUGUUAGGGUUUCUUCUUCUGCUCUCAACGGUGAUAAUCAGUCCAAAGGUGAAGAACCUCCAGAAUCUUUGUUUAUGAAAGAAUUGAAGAGACGUGGUAUGACUCCUACUUCUUUGCUUCAAGACUAUGAAGUGGAUCAGGAUGAGAUCAAAACCGGUAAAGAAACAGGAAACACUCCUAAAGCGACUGCAACUACUCCGGCCUUUGAUAAAAGCUUGUUAAAUCAGAGAGAAAGAUCUUUGGCUUUAAACAGCGAAGGGCUUGAGGGGUUGAUUCCGCGUGCUAGGAUCUUGCUAACAAUUGGAGGGACUUUCUUCUUGGGCUUUUGGCCUUUGAUAGUCUUAACUCUCGGCGCCUUCUCUGCUCUUUACCUUUACUUUGGAGCAGAUUUCGUUCAUGAUGGAAGUAGAACUCCCGUUUCACCACCACCGUACAUCGAUCCAUAUGCUCUGUUGGAGGAUGAGAGGAUAUCAGGGAUGGAUCCUCGUGUAAAUUAGCAGGCAACAAGUUGUUCUUCAUACUCUCUACAUAACUACUAGUAUAGAGCAUAUAUAUUUGCUCUAAGUAUAUAUUUUUAAUUACAGUCUUUCCUUUAAUUUAUUUUCCUUGCAUUUGUAAAAAAAAUGUUGCUUUUCUAUUCUUGCAACUUAUUAAGGAUUCGAAAAGUUCAUUUCAAAUCCUUGUAUUUGGCAAACUCAAUAAAAUUUGACCACAUAA